AUGAAUAGCAUAGCAAAAAGGUGGAGGCGUCUCAGUGGCGAGACUGAGUGGGAGGGUCUACUCAACCCUCUCGACCUUGAUCUGCGCCGCUGUAUCCUUCACUACGGGGAAAGGACUGCCGCCAUAGCUGACGCCUUCAUUGAUGAGACAAAAUCGGACAACUGCGGACUUCCUCGAUAUGCAAAGAGAUAUUUGUUCUCUAAGGUAGGUUUGGAGAAUUCUAAUCCAUACAAGUACAAGGUGAAGAAAUAUUUAUACGCUGCAACGACAUUAUCACCCGGGAAAUCGAUCUGGUUGGGUUAUGUUGCAGUGGCAACGGAUGAGGGAAAGAAAGUGUUGGGGAGGAGGGACAUUUUGGUUUCAUGGAGAGGAACUGAGCUGGUGGCAGAGUGGGGUAUUGACGUAGUGUUUGAUUUGGUUAGUGCUUCUGAUAUUCUAGGAGAGAAGCAUGACCCUAAGGUUCACCAUGGUUUCCAUUCCUAUUACACUCAUGUUGACCCUCAGUCUCCACACAACAAAACUAGUUGUAGGGCUCAGGCUUUAGCUGCAAUUAAAGAAGUAGUGAACCGAUACAAGAAUGAGACAAUCAGCAUAACUGUCACUGGCCACAGCAUGGGCGCUGCAAUGGGAAUUUUAAAUGCUACAGACAUUGUUUAUAAUGGAUACAAUAAGCCCCCAGGCCAUCCAGUCUGUCCUGUCACAGCCAUUGUGUUUGCUGCCCCUCGUCUUGGAGACCAAGGCUUCAGCAAUGUGUUCUAUGGUCUGAAAAAUCUUCACGUCUUGCGUGUCACGAAUGACUACGAUUUAAUCCCUUCUUUACCGCCGUUUGCAAACUAUCUUCAUGUCGGAAAAGAGCUGAGAUUCGACACUUUCAAAUCACCGUAUUUGAAGGAUCCGAAACAGAGCCUGCACAGUUUGGAGGUUUACUUACAUGGAGUUGCAGGAACACAAGGAGAAAAUGAUUUUAAAUUGGCAGUUAAACGUGAUCUUGCAUUAGUAAACAAAUAUUUGGACGGGCUAAAAGAUAAGUAUCUUGUAGUUGCUAAGUGGUGGACAGCGAAGAACAAGUCUAUGCUUCAAAUGGGCGACGGCUCCUGGGUGUUGAUGGAUCAUGAAAGUGAUGAUGAUUGA